CUGAUCUCCUCUUUGGCUCUGGCCUCCUUUUGUGAGAGUAUUUCAUAUCUGACAAACCCACCUGAAAAGAAAAAAAAACACACUUAAUGUUGGAGCAGAGAUGGAGCUGAGGCCGGGAGUUUGUGCGCUCAGACAUGGGGAAUAAACAGACCAUCUUCACAGCGCAGCAGCUAGAUGCCUAUCAGGACUGUACAUAUUUUACAAGAAAAGAAAUUCUCAGACUCUUCUACCGCUAUCGGGAUUUGGCGCCGCAGCUCGUUCCUCUCGACUACACCAACCACCCAGAUGUGAAGUUACCAUAUGAGCUGAUUGGCAGCAUGCCAGAGCUCAAGGACAACCCAUUCCGUCAGAGGAUCGCAGAGGUUUUCUCAGAGGACGGAGAGGGGAACAUGACGCUGGAUGACUUCUUGGACAUGUUUUCAGUCCUCAGUGAGAUGGCUCCACGUGACCUCAAGGCCUACUACGCGUUCAAAAUUUAUGAUUUCAACAAUGAUGACUUCAUCUGCAAGUCCGACUUGGAGAAGACGCUGAACAAACUGACCCGUAACGAGCUGACCGAGGACGAGGUGAGGAUGGUGUGCGAGAAGGUGAUAGACGAGGCCGACCUGGACAACGACGGACGUCUGUCUCUGGAGGACUUCCAGCACAUGAUCGUCCGGGCCCCAGACUUCCUCAGCACCUUCCACAUAAGGAUAUAAGGAAAUGAAGCAGCCACUGUGCUUUCAUUUCUUGGAAUGGCACCAGAGGGACAGACUGAAAAUAGCGAACAUCUCCACUCGUCUUUUUAUGUUGUAAAUAUCUACGUUGUGAAACACGUGUAACCCAAAACAUCUUCAUCUUCAUUUUUGAGCUGGAACCUGUAAAUAGAUUUGUUUGUAAUGAGCACACAUUUGUUUUUUUUUUCCUUUUACUCCUGUAGCCACGGUGUGAAUGCAGGUCUAUCACAUGAGGUGGAGGCAUCGGCCGAUCCAUCAAGACAAGGCUCAUUAGUUAUGACCAUCAACAGUAGAUUUGUGUUUUGUGUCUAAAGGGGUUCAGUUACACCAGACUAUAAAAGAAACACAUGGCAGAAUAUUCCAGUGGGUUCAAAGCAGGCCGAUAAAGGGCGAGCCAUUUAUCACUAAAGUCAUCCGGUAUCCGUUUCUAAUAAGCCAAUAAAAACACAGAAUGACUUUUUUUUUUAAAUUUAAUUUUAUUAAAUCAAAAGUACACAUAUCUACAAAUUGUAGAUACAUUUUUAUAUGGGUUUAGAAAGUACAGUACAAUUUAAGUAUAAUUUUUUUCUCUCAAUGUGAUAUUUACAAUGUUUUUAACCCCCCCCAACCCCAAAAAAAAAACCUCCCUGUGUACUUCAUCAUACUCGAUGGAAUGAAAAUAUGGCUGUAAAAACGGACGUUGAGUAUAUGACGACACGUGAUAGGAAUCUUAAGAAAGAUAUGGUUUAAAAAAAAAAAUAUUAAUAAUAAAAUAAAGAGGACGUAUCAUCUCUGUGAAAAAUGAUACAGCUUGAGUCCCAAAAAAAGUCUGCUCCCUAUAAGUUUCUGUUCAUGACUUAAAGCUACAGUACUCGACCGAGACGACGCCUCGACACACGGCGCUCGACAAACCCUCCAUCGAUGUAACAGUUUCCUAUAAACACAGCACGGCUCGUUUUUGCCUCAGUGAAUCACAUGGAACAACAUUAUUGACCAAAAAAAAGAAGAAAAAAAAAAAGAAAAAGCCUGCACAUUCAACUGCACAGGUCUACAAAGUAUGUCUGAAAUUUUACACAAAUAUGCACAGGUCCAAGAGUCACAAUGCAUAGCUCACCUAUGACAGAACUGAGUACUAGCGGUUAAGACAAAUGGUCGCGGUAGUCAUGAGGUCCCAAAUUAUUUGAUAUUAAGAAGGUGCAGGCAAGCGAAAGCAGAUUCCUCCUUCGUAUAUUGUGCAUAUAGGAACUUGAUUUUUCAGACUAAAUGAAAUCUAGAGAAAUGGGGAAAACAAUAAUGGAAACAGACUUCGGUUUCAACAUCGGAGUAAAAAUACAAGUAGAGGGUACACAUCUGCAUCAGACAUUUCCAAUUUACUGUCUUUUUCUCAAUUAAAUGCCGAGUUUGCUGGUCAUCUACUCUGCCUCUGGUGCCACCUAGUUGCCAAACAAUAGAGCGCCACAUUUAACAGGUAAAAUGUAAAUACUACUACUGAGACCGCCUUUAAGCUGAGGUCAAGCUGGCUUUCGUAAAUGUCACUUUUUAAACUAUCAGUUUGGCAGGGCAGUAGCGUAGAAACGUUUUUUUUUUUUUUUUUUUUUA